AACAGCAGAUUUCACUGCGACCCGACGAAUAUGCUCUAUCCUGGCGUUGGGAACAAGUUGGAUUAUUACUCGAAGAAACUGUCAUCACCCGAUAUGCACAGACUACGCAGCGCCUCCACGUCUAUCAGAAGACUUGAAGAAAGGAUUUUUAAAUUUUCUCGUGGACAUGCUGAGCUACUUACGGCUACGAGAGAUGAAGGAAAGCUAUAGCCUUUUGCAGAUAAAUACUCCCCUGAACUGGCACAUGAUUGAAAGCAUCUUGUUCACACAGCCUCUGCAGUUUUUCGAGGCUGUUCGUUAUAAACCACUCAGUAGAGGUCUACCGUUGCUACAUAUGAUACAGCAGAAUGCUAUUGCUAGGGUCUUGAAGAUAGCUAUUGUUUACAGAGAGAUUCGUGAGUCUAGUUUUCAGUCCGAUCAGGAAUCGAAAGAUGCCCUCAAAGUCCUUUGGCGCAACGGAUGGCUCCACGCACAAAUCCAAGACAUGAGACCUGCUAUAUUUUCAACUGAAAUUCACCGCUGAUAAGGACGUAUUCUACUAGUCUAGGUAACUAACUAUUGCCCUACUUUUCUCCGAGACUGUUUCUGAUAACCAAAUCAAUGCAGAUCUAAGCAAUUAUAGCUCCUUUACGGAGUACUCUGAUGGAAAAUGCUAAUCCUGUCU